AUGCGUAGUAUUGGUCUCGCACUGCUGCUGGCGCCGGCAUUGGCCGAGCUCUGCUUCGCCGACAACCUCGACAAAUAUGGCAUAUUCACCCCCAAGAAGAUCGCGCUGAGCUCCGUGCCGUCUAUGGAUGGCCAGUCCUACUCGGGUGGAUUCACUCUUUCAACGGACGAACCGCUGGCCACACUCGACUACAACUACGAAGUGGCAGGACUGCCGUACUUUGUGGUGUCCUCCGUCUCCAAUGGACCAGUGGAGGUCGAAGUCAAGUACGCAGAGCAGUUCCCAGCGCUCUCGCUCAACUACUCGGAUGGGCCAUCGCAGUUCACGACAUCCAUCGCCAACUCACGUCGCGUGGAGACUCACCGCUUCACUGAAGACGAAAUUGGAACCACGAUCACCUCCAUACUCAGUCAACCUGGUCAACGAUGGCAGUCACUUCGCCUGCUUACUGGUGACUCCAUCACGUUCGAGACUGUCGGUUUGCAGGCGUCCGUCGAGGUGAUCGACGACCUUACCACUCUACCCGGUAAAUUUUCAAGCUCCAACGCCAAGUACGACGAGAUCUGGAAAUUGGGAGCACGUGCUGUGACUGCCGCUUGCUUGGAUGCUGGCAGUCAAGUGCCUUCGUGGAGCUCGUCCGAAGAGAACGGCACCUUUGUGCCUGGCACGCGUCCGGGUAUCUCGUACCGGACGUGGAACCUGACGGACUACGUGCUCACCUUCGACUCGCAGAUCAUCCGCGGUGGCGCAGGCUACACCAUUGCGUACGACCUGACGGGCAACCGUGACGGCGUGCAGAUCCAUUUGGCGUCCGAGUACCCGAACGACACGACCUUCUCCAACAUCAACACGACAUUGUUCCCUGCCAACACGGUGACUCUUGCAUACGGCUACGACUUUGCUAACGCCACGAGCAUGACGAGCUACAUACUGGGUCAGUACGAUGUGCCGUUCAACGUCAAGGAGAACGUCUGGUACCCCGUGGAGAUUCGUGUCAACGCCACGGCUGGUAACAUUGUGUUCUCCAUCGACGGACAGCAAGUGUUCGAUAUCAUACUGACCGAAAUGGGGUUCACGGACAGCCAGCUCUCCUUCUACGGUUAUGCGUCACGCGGUGAAGGUGCGAUCGGCUUCGGUGGCUGGCAGGAUCAAGCAUCCUAUGUGCGCAAUGUGACGGCUACUAGUUUGUCCGACUCGUCCAAGGUGCUGUACUCGAACCCAAUGACAGACGAAAGCGUGGUCGUUCCAGAGUUCGGCGGACAGAGCAACGCGUACGGCGUGUGCAUGGAUGGCGCCAAACGUGACCGGUACGUUUGGCUGGGAGAUUUUUACCACACGACGCGAAUCAUGGGCGUGGCGAACUCGAAACCCGAGCAGAUCGCCGGUACGUGGGAGUUUUUGUUCGAGUACCAAGCGGCAACAGGUCAAAUGGCUGGUUUCGUUCCCAUUUCGUACCAAUCGCCGAUGCCUACGCCCGAAGUAUUCCUCAACGAUGCCGGCACUGUGGAUGCCUACUACAAUUUCCCGGACUACGUGAUCCUCGGAAUGAUCGGUUUGGUAUCUUACAUGGACUAUUACGACGACGAUGCUUUCGUCAAAGCCCAUUGGGAGGAAUUCACCCGUGCGAUGACUUGGCUUAUUGGCAACCAAGGCAGCAAUGGACUCAUUGACUUGACGAAAUACGUGGUGGUAUUCCUUGGACCCGGUGCAGGCAUGGCUGUGAAUGCUGCUGCUGUCCAGUGUCUCGACGGUAUGGCUGGAGUGGCUCGUGCUGUGGGUGACUUAGAAUCUGCAAAUUCUUGGCUUCAGGUUGCUGCUAGUGUGAAAGCUGCUAUCAACGAGCUGCUCUGGAACGAUGCGCUGGGUAACUAUGCUGUGGACGUAUCGACACCUGAAGUGUAUGGCGUCUCGGCUACUGCGUUUGCACUCACUUCGGGUGUGGCCAACGAGACCCAGACCAAGCUGAUAGUGGACGGUUUGGAAGGUCUGCGUCAAGGUCCUGGGUAUCUUGAUUCGACAUUAUCCAUGGAUAUUCGAGAACAAUUUGUUCUCUUCUCGAACAUCGCAUGUGCAAUUGGACACAAGUACAUGUAA